GAGAGACAACAUUAUCCCAUUGUGUGGUAAGUUGCUGGGUGUGUGGGGAACGGUCUCCAGUAGACGCGUCAAACAUGUUACGGAGGCGAAAGUUAAGUUGCUUGAACCGUCAUCCCAUUGUCCACUGAUACUAUAUCACAGACGAGAAAAUUACAUCCGCCAGCUGAAAAGGGUAUUCAUGGAGAUGGGACUGAUGACAUGCAUUAUCCACAUUUUGCUUGUUAUAAUGCUUUCGCUCCCCGAUUUGAAAGCUAGACAACGUUGGGCGUUGGCCCUUGGAUCACUUUUGACAAAGGGUUACUUCAACUCUAUGCUUGCUGUGCUCAACACACGAAAGGCUAUCCGACAGCGUCAAGAUGAGACUCUCGGACAAAUGUACGAGCUAGGGACCCUCCGCAAUAGUACUGCCAGUGUCCAUUGAGUCGACGAGAACUGAUUUCA